GCAAAAGAGCGAGGAAGAGGACACAGCAGCAACCGAGGAACGCCGAACCUGGGAGGGAAUGAACGGAAAGCCUGAAAUUGACUGAUAACAUAAACAAAAAAGGAGAGAAGAAGGCAUCCGGCUGCCGACGGAGAUAGCACUGCAACAGUCUGUGUCGCGGCAGAGAUUUACAGCUGGGGAGGAGUGGGGUUUCGUUAACGGCCCACCAUAAAGUAAACGAGAGAGGCAGCCAGAGAGGCAGGGACGUGGGAGAGAAGCGAGAGAGAGAGAAAGAGGGAGUGAGCGAUAGAUAAAAGCGAAACCAGUGCAAUGAACAGUGCACUACCCUACAAUUCCCUCCCCGGCCGGCCAAGCCCGAGGACUGCAGAUUGGGAAGGGGUCCCAGCAUCACGGAGGCUUUCCUCUCCCAGGGGACUGAGCCUCGCGGUGCCCCCAGCACUGCCUCGUCGUCCCUCGGCACCCCCCGGCAUCCUACUCUCCCCCUUCCAGCAGCAACAGCGGCCACACCAGCGACUCUCUGUGUCGCUGUGCUCCGAAGCCUCGCUGGCACCCCCACCACAACCUGAGGCGGCACCUUGCUGCAUGCCUGUAGGCAUCAUGCCCGUCCUGCGCCUCGGCCUCCUCGUCUUCAGCUGCCUCUUCUGGGCAGUGGGGCUGGCCAUCUUCACGUUGGGUGUCUGGGCACAGGUCUCCCUGGCCAACUACAUGCUGUUGUCGGCCAACCAUUACCCCAAUGCGCCGAUCAUCCUGUUGACGACAGGAGCUGCCAUCGCUACCUGGGGCUUUCUGGGCUGCCUGGGGGCUGCUGCCAAGCUGCCCUGUUUGCUUCGAGCCUAUGGCGUGUUUCAACUGGCUGCCUUGGUGGCAGGGUUAGCUGCCGGCCUGUGCGGACUCUUCUACCGUGAGGACAUCGCCGAAGGGUUUCGUAGUGGACUGCAACGGGCCGUUGAAUCAUACGGUGAUGACGACGGUCGGGCUAAUGCACUGGACAGCCUGCAGAGGGCACUCAAGUGCUGUGGAGCUAAGGGGUGGCAAGACUGGCAGGCCUCAGAGUGGGUUGUAUUGGACAUCGGCGCAGACAAUGUCUCUUCCAUCUCGGUGCCAGACAGCUGCUGCGUGCGUCGUAAAGGCUGCAGGAACAGGCCCCUGCCUGCAGGGGGCGAUGGCACUGCAGAAGCGGCAGGUAUCCACCCUGAUGGCUGUUUCCGCAAGGUCUUCAGCAUUGUUAAUGACAACGUCUUCCACAUCGCCGCUACCGUGCUCGCGUUGGCCUUUACCCAGGCUGCAGGCAUCGCCCUGGCCUGCUUGUUGGCCAACCGCCUGGCUCUCAGGCCACAGCGUGGGCCGGUAAUACAGCCAUAACCCUCAGGGGAAGAAACCACUGCCUGUUACUUGAACCUGACCACAUAAAACUAUGUUUGUACUCAACAAAGCCUCAAGACCAACAAGGAGUCUCUAAGGACUAUCCACAGGCCUAACAGGGAGUUUUUAAAUUAUAAUCAGAAACGGGACAGGGAGCAUGGAGAGGGGGCAUGCAUCGUGUCAGUCAGUCAACCUAUAGCAUCACUCUUUAAACUCCUGCUAUGCAACCAAGAGCACAGGCAGGAUGGAUGGUGGACACCAGGUUCAGGUCAUCAGGCACCUACAGAAUCCUGAGAGCCACAGAAGGGACUGUCCAUGGGAUACCUAUUGCAGAUCUUUGGCAUCCAGCUUGGAAAUUAACAAAGUCAGGUCACAAGACAAUGGUGUGGUGCUGUUCAUCAGUUUGUAUGCUGUAUCUGGAUUAGUGAUUAAAACUAUUGUUACUUAUUAAGUGUAACAGAAUGUAGAACACAGUGAUAAAGUGAACAAUUGUCUGGUUACAUUUCGGAGGCUUUGAAGCUGCUGAACAUAUGUGGUCCCCCAAUUAGAUUUAUAAAACAAUGACAUAAAACAUGCUAAGUUAAAUGGGAAAUGUUCGAUCUCAUUAAAUUUAGGUUUAAAGCCAACACAUUGUGUAUAUUAUAUACCUUUAAUCAUUAUUAGUAAAAAAAAUAUAUGUAAUAUACGAUAUCAUUCCUCUAAAAAUAAAUUUAAAAUAGAAGUACAUGGUUGUACUUAGUACUGGGCGGUAUGACCAAAAAUUUGUAUCACGAUAUUUUUGGAGAUUCUGGUGGUUUCACGGUAAAUAACGAUAUUCUUCUAAGUUCACCAGGCAGGCAGCAAGAGUUUACAUAAAUAAAAUACGUUGUCGAAUCUUUCUAAAAAGGUGUGUCUUUAUUAUUAUUUAAGAGAUCGUUUAUAUUCAGCUUGAUAGUAUAAUCGACAUGUUUCAUUAGAUUAUAAAUGUCUGUCAGCUCAUUAGUGAUAUGUUAUUUUGUAUUAUAACCAUGUACAUAGCUCGGUAAGCAUUGUUUCACUGACGUGUUCUGUUAUACCGAUGAUGUGCGCUAUAUUUAGUAGAUGGCGACAUGUUUAUGAUUAUAACCGCGUAUCUAGCUCCAUAUGGACAUGUUUUAUUAUUAUAUAUUUAGCUGUGUACAAACAUGUUGUACAUUGUACAUACAUGAUUUUAAUAAUUAUUACUGUAGUAAAUCGAUAUUAAAGAUUUUGAUUUACCGAUAUGAAUUUAAUUGAAGAAUUAAAUGUAUUGCACGAAAUCCAAUUUUUCAGACACAGACUGAGGUAAUAGCUAUAAAUACUAUAAUGAUAAACAUUUAUAUAUGGAGGAUUCUAUGUUACGAAAUUAUAUAAUUUGCUGCCUAUUGAAGCAUUACAACUGUUUCAACUAUGCUACUGUAGGGCACAAUAUGAAAAAUUCAUGGUGUAUGGGAAAUUAAAACCAGUAUAACAGUUCCCAGCAGUAGUUGUACUUUUCACCUGAAAAAUGCAGAUAUUUGAUAUGAAUGUUUUAUACUGUAAUGAAUAGAAUAAAGAGUAUACAUUGGCUUUUUUUUAAAGAACAAUGUUUCCAUUUUUGGUCAUAAAGCUCACCUUAAAUAUUAUCUGAUAAAGAAGUGUGACCACUCGUGGGUUGUUGUUGCAUAUUUGUAAAUGGAAGAGAGUAGGAGAUCCUGGGUGUGGUUUGCUAGUGUGGUAGUGGGUGUGGUGCAUAGAUAAAUACAUAGAUAAGGCAUAUUUGUAGAAAACAAUAAAAGGCUUGUGUUACAUUAAUACUAUGCUAGCAAAGUAGUUUAGCAAUAUUGUAUGAAAAUCACAUGCUUUAUAGUUCUGUGGCUGCUUAGCACAGAUCAUGUGGCAGUCAGUAAAAGCUACUAUAAAAUAUAUUGUCUGAGAUCCCUGAUAUAAAUACCCCCUCAUUUUCCUUGUAAAUACAGAGACAUGUCA